AUGUUGCCCUGGCGGCGGAGCAAGUUUGUGCUGGUGGAAAACGAUGGGAAGUGUAAAGGGAAGAGCUUGGGGCCGGGUUUGAGCUACGCGGCGUUCCUGGCUGGUUUCCUCCGUUCCUGCCCCGAUCUCCUGCCCGAAUGUCCCUUGGACCGUUUGGGGAAGGUUUUCCGAGGCAAGAGGCAGAAAGUGGAGGUGACUAAAGAAGACCCGAGCUACACGGUGAGGUACCUGGGCAACGCCAUCACCCUGCAGGCCAAGGGAGAGGGCUGCACGGAGGAGGCGGUGGGGAAGAUCUGGGCUAAGAGCGAUGCUGGGGCUGGAGGGGCCAAGAUGAAGCUGACUUUGGGACCUCAAGGCAUUCGGAUGACCCCCUGUGAGAAGGGGACCCGCCGGCCCGGCCAUGCCUACCUCCUGCACCGCAUCACCUACUGCUCUGCCGACCGCCGGCACCCCAAGGUCUUCAGCUGGGUCUACAGGCACCAGGUGAAGAACAAGGCGGUGGUGCUGCGCUGCCACGCCGUGCUGCUCUCCAAGGCCGACAAAGCCCGGGCCAUGGCUUUGCUGCUUUAUCAGACCUGGGUUUCUGCUUUCAACGAGUUCAAAAGGCUCAAGAGGCAGAACGAUUCCCGGCGGGUCCAGCAGCAGCUCCUUGGGGAGGCCGCGGUGCCUUGGCUGCCCUUGCGUCGCGUCCUCAACGCCAAGUGUCCCUACCGGGGCGCCAGGAGGAUCCAGCUGGAUGAGGCUCUGCGGGAGGAUCUGCGGGCGGUGCUGCUGGAGGCGCCGGGGAGAUGCGUUCCCUACGCUGUUAUCGAAGGUGUGGUGAGGUCUGUGAAGGAGACCCUGAGCAGCCAGUUUGUGGAGAACUGCAAGGGAGUCGUUCAGAGGUUGACUCUGCAGGAGCACAAAAUGGUGUGGAACAGAACCACCCACCUCUGGAAUGACUAUGAGAAGAUCAUUCACCAAAGAACCAACACCACCCCCUUCGAGCUGGUGCCCCCCGAGGACGGCGCCGCCGUCGCCGUCAGGGUGAUGAAACCUCUGGAGGCCUCUGAGCUCAGCCUGGAGACUGUCCAUGAGAAAUUCCACCCUUCUGUCCAAUCCUUCACCGACGUCCUGGGCCACUACAUCAGUGGGGAGAGACCCAAGGGCAUCCAGGAGACUGAGCAGAUGCUGAAGGUGGGCACAGCCCUGACAGGGGUGGGAGAGCUAGUCCUGGACAACACCACCAUCAAGCUGCAGCCCCCCAAGCAGGGCAUGCCCUACUACCUGAGUGGGGCUGACUUCUCUUCCCUGCUGGAAAAACAAGAAUCCAAUGCCCGUUUCUGGAAAAUCCUCACUGUCCUGUUUGGUUUUGCCACUUGUGCCAUCCUCCUCUUCCUCCUCCGGAGGCAGUACCGACAUCACCGGGAACAGAAGCACCUCAGGCAGAUGCAGGAGGAAUUCCGCCAGGCCCAGGAACGCCUGAUGAGGGAAAUCAACCCCCAGGGUGGAGAGACCCUCAAAAAUUCCUGUGUCAUCUGCUUGAGCAGCCCCAAAUCCUGUGUUUUCCUGGAAUGUGGCCACGUCUGCUCCUGCACCCAGUGUUACCACAGCCUUCCUGAACCCAAGAGGUGCCCAAUCUGCCGCCAGGUCAUCGCCAGGGUGGUCCCCUUGUACAACAGUUGA